CACCCAGCCCCCCACCCCACCCACCGACCGGCCCACCAACGCCACCAUGAUGCAUCUGAGGAGUGCGCGCUCCUCCGCCGGCUCUCGCGUGCCGGUGGGUCCGGUGCUGGCGGCUGCGCUGGCGCUGGCCGAGUUGGUGUGCGCCUGCGUGCUGUGCGCCUGCGAGUAUCACCACGGCCACCACGGCCACCACGGCCACCACGGCCACCACGGCCACCACGGCCACCACGACGGAGGCGGUGGCUCGCCGCAGACGCCGCCGCCUCGUCCUGACUGGGCACAGGGACUGCCGCCGGAGUACGCCGGCAAUGGAGGUGACGGUGAUGGAGGAGGUGGUGAUGGAGGUGUGAGUCACCCGGCGUGGCUGGGCCUCACCCUCCUCUUUGCGCUGCUCCCCCACGCGCUCGCACAGCUGGCGCUGGCGCACGCCCACAGGGACCUGGGCCGGGACCGGCCGCUCAUGCUCAUGCUGCACGCCAUGCAGCUCGGUGGGGUCACCAGAGCGAUGGAGGCGGUGUGGACCUACCGUGCGUUGGGCCGUGUAGAGGAGCCGUACUGUAGCUUGGUGCGCAAAAUUCGCGUCUCUCGUGAUGGCUCGCAGCACCACGUGAUUCGCGAGGUUAGCCGGCUGGAGGGACGUCUGUACGCUCACCGCGCUGCGUUCGCCCGUGCGAUGGUGCUGAUGGCGUUCCUUGGCUCGGCUCCGCAGCUAACCCUGCAGGCCUACAUCACCCUGCAGAGCCACAGCCUCACAGCAUACAGAGGGGUUCUGAUGGCUGUCUCUCUGCUCUCCGUGUCCCUGGGGGCCCUGGUCCUCACCCUGCUCGCCGUCCGAGUCCGCUUCGACCGCGUGGAGCUCCGCAUCAGCGGCCGCGCUGUCGUCGUGGCGACCGCCUGGCGAGCCAUGGAGAUCUCUACCCGCGUCACAGUCCUCGUGCUCUUCAGCUCUGCCUGCCGGGAGUGGACUCUGGCUGUAGUGCUACUCAACCUCACGGUUUUUGGUCUCCUGCCGUGGGUCGGCCUUUGGAGGCAGCGUCGAUGUUUGCCAGAACACCCCGACACCACUUACGGUGCGUGCGGUGCGGCCACCUCCUCCGUCCUCCUCUCCCUCCUCUUUGCCGCCGUCAACGCCUUCUGCUGGUCGGCUCUUCGCCUGCAGCUCUCCGCCCCCGAGCUCGUGGUGACCGGCGGCGGCGGCGGUGGCGGCGGCGGCGGCGGCGACCGCCCCCUGCGCUGGGCCGCGGCCUUCUACUCCGCUCGCCUCCUGGAGAACACGGCCCUCCUGCUCGCCUGGUGGCUGGCCGUCGAUGGACGGCCCCAGCAGCCGCCGCCGCCGCUGUGCCCGCCGGCGGCGCUCGCCAAGCUCACGGCCGCCUACGGCCUCGCCGUGGCGCUCAUGGUCGUCUUCUACCGCUACUGCCACCCCUGCCGGCGGCUGCUGCGGUUCCGCCCGGGCUGGGCCCGGCUGUGCCCGGCGCCGGGCGGCGGCGGCGGCGACGGUACCCAUGGUGGUGGUGGUGGUGGCGGUAGCCAGGUAUGA